GUCAUGGCUGAUUGGUGUAUGUAUAAUAGUAAUUGACAGUCUCUUACUUUGGACUGAAAAAUUCCAUAAUAUUUAAUGCACUGGCGUAGCUAUUGGGGGUGCCGCUGCACCACUGCCCGCGGUGGGUGGGAGGCCCGUGAUUGGCCUCUAUGAUUAAUAUUUUGUAGCAUUUUUAUUUUAUGUUGUGCUGUUCAAUGUUUCUGUCUUAGCCAGAUGUCAGCUGUGAAGAGAGUACACACAAGUCUCAUUCCAGCCCUGUGGGGGCAGCAGUCACCUUUUCAGCGAGGAACAGGCUAAGCACUGUCCACAAUCUGUCAUCACCGUUGUCACUAGCUUUUGUUGAGUUGGGGCAAAAUGUGACAGUAUCUACGCUACUGCUUAACUGGCUUAUGUCUAUUUGUAGGCUUUUAUACUAUGGGGAAAUGUCACGUUUCAAAGAUCAACUAGCCACCGUCAUGGGUCUUUUAGUGAAUUCAGCCGUGAUGGAAAUAAGUAAAUUGUUCGAUGAAUGCACCAGUCAAAAGAUUGACUACGUUUCACGGAAGCAGUGCACUGUCGGUGGGACUGAGCUGUGUGCAAUCAUGAAGAGAUUGUCCAAAGAGGCCAUGGAAAAAAUAAUUUGUCUCAUAGAUGAGGAUACUGCUUCCCAGGGAGACCACAAAGUUGUAAAGGAGAAGCUCAAGUUGACAGACGGGGACCCGAGGACAACUGGAGGGCUUGGCAAGGAAGGUGCAAAGGACCGAAAAACCCAAGAUACUGACGUGACUGAACUUAAGCGCAUGUCUGAAGACCACAGUGGCAUGUGUGCAGAGACGGUACAUCACCAUGCUGAAUGGAUCCCAUUGGCUGAGGGUCUAGCCCAACAGGACAUCCCGUUAGGACACACGCAGCAAAACACAGGUGGAGAAUCCGGGACAAACGUGGCGGAACGUGCUACAGUUGACCAUGACUUGGAAGAGGAGAUCACUACGCCCCGUUCACCCACAGAGGCGCAAGAGGGCCACGACUUACAGCCCGCGGCACCCACCGUCACAUCCGGUGAUCAGAAAACGGCGGUUCCCCUUGAACGACCGAGGCGGAUGCGCGCAGCAAAAUUCCGAAAGACUGAGGAGUCAGUCAGAGGAAACGAACAUCUAAGCUGUGCGCAGUGCGGGAAGACUUUCAGUAAACGAAGCAACCUGAAAGCCCACCAGGUCGUCCACACGGGUGAAAGGCCGUUCAAGUGCACGCAGUGCGGGAAGGGCUUCACGGCCAAGUGCAGUCUCAAAGUGCACCAUGUUAUUAUCCACAAGAGGGAGAAGCCAUUCAAGUGCACGUACUGCCGAAAGAUCUUUGGCACCCAGAGCCAGCUUAAAGAACACCAGGUGGUCUUCAAAGGGGGAAAAGAGAAGGCUUUGAACUGUACUCUGUGUGCCAGGGUUUUCCCAGCCAAGUGUAGCCUCAAAGCCCACAGGAUUGCCGAACAUAGAGGAGAGAAGAGAUUCAAAUGCUCUCAGUGUGUGAAGGUUUUUGCCAGGCGAAGAGAUCUGAUUAUACACCAGGGUGUACACACAGGGGAAAAACCACUGAAGUGUACAACAUGUGGGAAGUCUUUCACCGCCCGACGCAGUUUAAACGUGCACAUGUUGACUGUACACGAAGGAGAGCGACCAUUUGGCUGCGAUGUUUGUGGCAAUCGAUUCAGUCAGAAGAGUGGCCUCAAGGCUCACCAAAGGACGCAUACAGGAGAUAAGCCCUACGUAUGCGAUCAGUGCGGGAAGGUAUUCCGUCUGAAGAGUGCCCUCAAUACCCACCGCACGGUUCACACCGGUGUGAAAGCAUUUCGCUGUGAGAUUUGCGGCAAGUGUUUCAGUUUAGCACCCAACCUCCGAAGACAUGAACAGUCUCACUCUGGUGUCCGAGCGUUCACCUGCAACGUGUGCCAGAAGAGCUUCACCCAAGCCAGUCAUCUCAAAGUCCACCAGCGCAUUCACACGGGUGAGAAAAUAUUUGUGUGCGACUUGUGCGGGAAGAGUUUCAACCAGAAGAGUUCCCUGGUGACCCACCAGAAGAUACACAGUGGGGACAAACCCUUCGAGUGCUCAGAGUGCGGGAAGAGUUACCGGUCGUUGAACUAUCUGAAAAGGCACCGGGUGAUCCACACCGACGAAAAGCCUCACUCCUGCGAAGAAUGUGGGAAGCGUUUCCACACUGCUGGCAAUCUCAAAACUCAUCGUCGAACCCACACAGAAGGGAAGCCCUUUACCUGUGACAUAUGUGGUCAAGGGUACAGCUCCCUGAGUUACUUUAACACACAUCGGCUCAUUCACACUGAGGGGAAACCGUUUGGAUGCACCACAUGCGAGAAGCGCUUCAGCAAACAGCGUUUCCUGAACCUUCACCUACGCACUCACACCGGAGAGAGGCCACACACCUGCGACCUGUGUGGGAAGAGUUUCAGUUUUGCACAGAACCUUGUUCGCCAUAAACGUGUUCACACUGGUGAAAAACCAUUUCUCUGCAUUGUGUGUGGGAAGGCUUUUAGCCAAGCAAACAAUCUGAAGGCUCACCAGCAAGUACACACAGGGGAAAAACCUUACAACUGUUCCAAAUGCAGAAAGAGCUUCUCCUGUAUGAGAAAUUUGAAGGAACAUAAGUGUAUUGAAGUUCUAAAGCCAAUUGUGGCACUGAUUAUUGGACAGUGCCAUAAUAGUACUGUGUUAACUUGUGAAUAGAACGAGCAUGAAUAAACUUUGAUCUGAAGCUGCCUAUUAACAAACUUGGAUAAUUGGAAAUGCUUAGCAAAAAUUGCAUGAUUGUUGCAAUUCCAUUAACUUAUUAUAAUUAUAGAAUAUUUAUCACAACAGAUACAUGAAUCACAAUGCAAGUGAUACUUUUGGGUUAGGAUGAGGUGAGAUUUUCCUUGCUUAAGCUAUACCAUCAUCCUGUGUAGCUCACAUGCUAAGAGCUUGGUGCUUUUGGUGCAAUUUCAGGGUUGAGGUUGGCCAGUGAAUAUGUAUGCACUCAUUACUUUAAAUUGUUCUGGAUAAGAUAUUGUUAAAUUACUAGAAUGUAAAUAUCUCUCAGGUAACCUGGGCCAUAGUGUUUAAUACUAAAGUGGUAUUAUUAUGUAUGCAAACUUGCUUCUCUUGUUCAGAACCACCAGGAAGGUUGCUGGAGUGUUUCACAAUAUGUUGCAAUACAUGUGCUCACUUUACAACUCAGGUAACCAGAGGGGCUAUACUGGUUUUUCAUAAAUCUAAAAUAAAUAAAUAGAAACAAUAAUAUACCUGUAUUUUGUAACUGUUUAAUUAUUUCACUAAAUAGUAUAAUGUCUGUUUUAAUAUAAGCUUAACUCAUUUUGGGUAAUAUCAUCAUUAAAUGUUUUUUUGAAUCAACGAUGUUUGUGUUUAAUUGUUGUCUUGGCCUGAAAUACCAUAGAACAUUAUUGAAGGCUACAAUGAACACAUCCAAUUAGCCUGUGGAAAUGUGUUAUUCUGGCCUAAUUGUAACACUGCUAAACAAUUGUUAAUACUGCCAAAGAGAAACCGCAAAAAGUUGUGACUCUUCAACACCACCUUUGGUUGCUCACAUCAUAUUCUGCCCUGCCUAGAGCAGAAAUCAAUCUGAUCCAUUCGCCUGGUUGGAAAGCAGCAUCUUGUUUGAGGUGACUGAUCCCUUUGUAAAGGAGACUCAUCUUGAAGUGGCUGAAGUGCAGACAAUGACAGAGACUGCCUCAAAGGUCUUGUGCCUUGAGGUUUUCUCCUGGUCAAAGCUUAAGGUCACUGCCUGGACUAUCCUCUGCCCCUCACAAGCUAUUGAAACUGCACCCAGCAGGGACCUCUGUCAGAGUAGAGACUUCUACAAUUUAUAAUCAACUAAUGUGUGCCAUGUUUUUGGAAGAAGCAAUGGAAUAAUCACUGUUCACACACAUUUAUUGGCGUUAUCCCAUUAAAGCAUGUGCAACCCAGAUAUAGACAUCCACUAGGUGCUGUAUGAGAUGGUGAGUAGAUUGUUUAAAACAACGGUUGCUCAUCUUUGAUUCACUUACUAAUACUGAAGGAACCAGUAGUUCUCCCUACCUGUGAAUUGUACAGGGGAUUUCAGGCUUCUAUCCAUGAGCUGAAACUCGGUCAUGCUAUAACAGGGAUUUUAAAAGCAAGAAAGUACAUGUUUUGAACUUGCUAGACCUAAAUCGUAUGGCUAUGUUGUGGCAAAACUUGAAAGUAGUGCAUUCUCCAAAAGCCACACAUCAUUGGGAAAAAUAGGUUUGGUAUGGGUCACACCGAUGUUUGAUCAGUUACAGGAAGCAUUUGGUGGACAGUCAUUUCAUGUUCAGUCAUUUCAUGUUCAGUCAUGGCAGCUUAAUGUGGCACAGUUAGUUAUUGGGGCGAAAUGGGAGCAAUUGCUUUUUC